AUCAGACCAAUAAUUUUUUUUAUACUUUGAAACUUAAAUUUUGGCAAUUGAUUCUAAAACAUUAAUAUGGGUUUCAAAAAUUUUCCAAUAUUUACUUGUUCAACAAAAAUUUUUGUACGGUUGGCAGUUUGAGAAAUUCUGUGUCACGUGAUCAAUAAGCCAGGAGACCUAAUGGCGUUGGCUUGGCAGUGUCUGCCAAAUUUUAUCUUCAUAUUUACGCAUUUUUCUACGUAAAAUCAAACUGACGCAUAACAAGUGGUUAAAAAAUGGAUUAAUGAAUGUUUGACGCAGAUUCCUGGAAAAGAAAAUGGUCGAGAAGUCAAGUAUUUGACGAGAUAUAGGGUUUCUGUGCUAAGAUGGGGGACCAUGUAUCCCCUCUCCCUGGUCUACCAGGACCCCCUCAGAUCAGUAAUCAUAUUCAACAACAUUCAAACAAUAACAAUCAAACAGGAAACCAUACAGCAACAAAUAAUACACAUCCAGUGACCCCCCUGAAAAUGCCCCAGAACUGUAUCCCCACUGCUCCUGGUACCCCUGGAACCCCUGGUACUCCUGGACCUCAGCCGAUACCCCAGACUCCAAGUCCAGCUCCGCCCCCUGGCAAUCCAAACUUCGAGGUUGACCUACCUCACGACCUGCUACAGCUAGGUUGGAGGAAAUACUGGAGUAGACGGGAGAAUAGACCGUACUACUUUAACCGAGGAAACGGGGAAACUUUAUGGGAUAUGCCAGGAACUAUUCAGCAAACCUUUGAGAGAAACUCAGAUCCCUUGGGGAUUAACACCCCGCCUUCAGGACCUCCCAUACAUCAUGCCUCUCCAAACCAGCAGCCACCUCCUCACCACCAGCACCUCUCCCCCCAUCAUCCACCUCCUCCCCACAUGAUGCAUCUCCAGCAGCAGGGGGUGAAAAGAAGAGCCUCAGAUGAGCUAGGACCUAACGCCAAGAAGAUUAUUGUCCCUGGUCCUUGGGACCUGGAGAUACCCACCAAUGUUAUUAUGUUUGAGAAACCUCAAACCCUGUUCCCCCAUCCGCAUCCAGAGGUUGAGGUUCUACGGUUUCAACUGAUGAUGAAGCUACGUCAAACCUACCAGGAAAUGUGCCAUUCUCGAGAGGGUAUAGAUGCACCCAAAGAGUCUUUCAACAGAUGGCUUUUAGAACGUAAGACCAUUGACCAAGGAACAGAUACUCUGUUCCCUUCGUACUGCUUUCCAGAGAUCUCAGUCGCCAUGUAUAGAGAAAUUAUGAAUGACAUUCCAAUGAAGCUAGUGAGACCAAAGUACACUGGCGAGGCCAGGAAACAGCUCUCAAAGUACUGCGAGGCCGCUAGAAAAAUGAUAGAGACGCGUGGGACGAGCUCCGAAGGGAGAAAGAUAGUGAAAUGGAACGUGGAGGAUACCCUGCAGUGGUUGCGGAGGACUGUGGGUGCUUCAUACGAGGAUUUUCAAGAGAGGUUGUCCCAUCUCAAGAGUCAGUGUCAGCCUCACAUCACCGAGGCUGCCAAGUCGAGCGUAGAGGGUAUCUGCAGGAAAAUGUACAACCUCUCCUGCGACUAUGCCGCGAAGGUAAAGGAGAAGAACCAGAGUAUCCUUGUUGAGGGAGGAAUAAAUGAGCAUGCCGUCAAGGUUAAUGCCCCUCACCAAAGGAAGGUUUGGUGCUAUCCAAUACAGUUUGCUCUACCCUGUCCUAAUCUUCCCACUGUAGACUUUGUCCAGGAUAAGGAUAAAACAUAUUUAAGAUACAAGGGGGACACGGUUCAUGUCAACAACGCCUACUUCCACAAGCUAGAGCAGCUCUACCGCUACGGGUGUGCGGAUGAUCGAAAAUUCGAGCAUUUUCUAUCCCGCUGUUAUAUGCUCAUUAAACGAUAUAACGCUUACUUUGGUAACGUUUUAUCAGGCGAGGGGGCGCAAAACCAGGGAGCACUUCCCAUUCCAGUUCUAGAGUGCUUGAACAAACAAUUUGGAGUGACAGUGGAGUGCUUUGCCAGUCCAUUCAACUGUUAUUUUCGACAGUUUUGUUCCGCAUUUUCCGACAUUGAUUCAUAUUUCGGGUCCCGUGGCCCAAUCCUCGAGUUUAAACCACAUUGUGGGUCUUUCGAGGCUAAUCCACCUUUCUGUGAGGAGUUAAUGGACGCUGUUAUCACUCACUUCGAGCGGUUGCUCGAGGACUCUAUGGAACCCUUGUCUUUUAUCGUGUUCCUGCCAGAGUGGCGGGAUCCUACACCCCCCGCCUUACUUAAACUAGAAGGGAGUAGAUGGAAGAGAAAGCAGGUUGUGGUUCCAGCGCUGGAACAUGAUUAUAGACACGGGUUCCAACAUGUUGUAACUAAACCUGAAGUGAGUGUAAAGUGUGUCCACGGAACAAUGAUUGUUUGGUUACAGAAUGAUGCUGGUUAUCAGAGAUGGGGCCCUACAGAGGAAAGAGUCGAUACACUGCUUGAAGCCUUUAGACCUGGACGUGAGCGUGAGCGAGAUCGAACCCAGCUGUUGUCCCCAACCCGGAUACCGGAAACUAAACCUGACUCUGCUAAUUCAACCUAUAUAUCUUCCAGUGCUCCUCCACUUCCCCCAACCUCACUUCCAACCUCUCUCUCAGCUUAACCCAGUUCUAUCUACCUCUAUAUCUCUGUGUACUCUUAUGUACUCUAUGUACUCUAUGUACGCCAUAUAUACUUUAUUUACUGAAUGUACUUAAACGUAUGAAUGUAUGGGCGCGAGUAGAUACUGUUUAAAUGUGCAAUUACUGUGCUAUGUGCUCUAGAUUUCACCAUAUUUGUAAGUUGAAUGAAAUAUCUUAUAUUUAUAUUGUUAAAGGUACUAAAGUUGUAAUUUUAAGUAAACCUCAAAUUAUUGAGUUUGAAGUCCUAUUCAUAACGGUACACUUUGAACAUUUAUCAGACUAGGAUUGCCAAGAUAUUCCAAUUUUUCAAUCUAAAAAUUGGUUUUUUUUCAAUGGUGGUUUCUCUAUAGAAGUAAUUUGCCUCAGAGAAAUGGGGAAAAUUUACAAAAUGUGAAUACGAAAAACAAUUCUAUAAAUGGAGCUUCACUUGAAAUUACGUUUUCAGUCCCUUUAAUGUGACAAUUGUACUGCAUAAAGAUGAACAUCUAAUUUACAGAUGGAAAGCUUAAGAAAAUGUACAAAACAGCUGCUUUUUAAUGUACUGCAUUGUUAACAUAAAUGGGAAUUACAUUGUCAGUUGAUGUGUACUGCAAUGUAAUUAUUAUAUUAACCGUCUGCAUAUUGACUCCAAUAUUUAUUCUGAAUAUUGUGUAAGUGUGAACUGUACUGUACUGAAAUACUGGAAAGUAAACAGUAAGACCAGAGAUGUACUGCAUUGUACAGUUAACCCAUAAUUUUUUUAAUUGUUGUUUUUAAAUGUAAAAUUUAUUUUGAAAACGAGUUUCAGACAUUUUGUGAAUCAAUGACGUUAUCUCGUGAUAUUUUCUAUUUUGUUUUUAUGUUUUUCUGUCACUUUUUCUAAAAAAGCUUUCAACAUAAUUUUUCUGAAAUCCUAAUUCAUACCUUAGUAAAACAAUUCACCGGUGGAAUCUUUUAUAGUCCAUGUUCUUAAAGAUUCAUUUAGUUUAGGAAUUAAUUUUCUUUAUUUUACAUACAAGAUGAAUUACAAAAACGACCAUGCUAAACUAUUAAAAAAUUGUUUCAGGUCGAGCUAAUAAUAAUUUCGCAUUUUCAGUUCACGGUCAUCAAUAACAUAUCUUAACAGUUAAAACUUGUUUUAUAUGAAAAACAAUGUUUCUGUAAAGGGGGGUGGGAUAAAGAAUUUCCUACAUACAUACAUUUCCUAAAGUAGCUCGGUCUUGACAUACGAUAAUUUAAUGAAAUUAGUGCAACUUUGAUUUGUUCAGUUUAAUUUGUAAAAUUCGGAUUUGUUUCAAAUAUAUAACUGCGUUACUUA